ACAGGUCUAAAGUGGACAGUCUCCUCGUCUCUGAGUGUCAAUGGUAGCAGGACCAGGACCAUGGAAACGUUCCCUACAACUUUGCUGUUGUUGAUGACAUGGAGCGUAUUUUUAGACGUUGUUGUCAUCUUUCCGUAACAGCCGGGCUGCGCCGUUCAGUAUAAAGGACUCCUUCAAAAUGCAGUUGUACAACAGUGCGCUGACACACUACCCGAGGUCGUCUCGCAAAGUUACAAUAACUUUAUUGACCGGAUCUGAGCGUUUGAACGGGACAACUCCGAGUUCCUCUGAGGCUCAUAAUCCAGGAUUAACACAACCAGGCGCAACUUCAACGACCAACGGGGAUCCGGUAAAAGAGCCUGCUUCUUCCGCAAACAUGCCUGCUUUUUCAUGUUACGAAGCUUCAUCUAGGAGGCCACUUUACUUCACCUCGACUGCUGAGAUAUUAAUCCGCAGACCUGAUGGAGUGGAGAGGUCUGUGCCUGUACAUGUAAUGAGGGAGUCCAAGACUAAACCACCCUCUCCUGACCCACAUAAUGGCCAAAGUAUCCUCUGUGAUAACUCUGAUGUGAUUGUGGACUUGAUAGAUCAUCUCAGAAAUGGCACUGAUGAGCUUUUUCCUGACUGCCCAGAGCUGGUUGGAAAUCACCUUUUCAAAAGCAACAUCUGUAGACCCAAAACAGAAGAAAACAAGAGGGUGGUUGGAAAUUCAAGUGAGGACGAUACGGUUUCAGUGACUAAUGCCCCCUUCAGAAGCAAUGGAUGGGACUUAUUACAUGAAGAGGAACUAGUUCCCUCCAGAGCAGAUCGGCCCGAGGACCUCAUAAAAGAAGAUUUUAGAGAUCUGAGCAAUUGCAAAGCUGCAUCAGAUGAGAGACGGGCCUUCGAGCUCAGCGUUCUGCAGGAGUCCCAUCCACAGAGAUGCCAGGAGAGAGAGGAAAUCAACAACAAAGUCACACGGUACCUGGCUGAAGUGGAGAAACAAAACAAAUACCUCCAGGAGAGCCUUAAAUACAGGUACCACAUCAUUCCAGAUGGCAACUGUCUGUACAGAGCUGUGUGCAAAGCCACUUACGGGGACCAGGCGAGACAUGGGGAGCUGAGGGAGCAGACGGUGCACCACAUCGCUGACCACUUGGAUGAGUUCAACCCCAUCAUCGAAGGGGAUGUAGGAGAGUUCCUGAUCAACGCGGCGCAGGAUGGGGCCUGGGCUGGGUACCCUGAGCUUCUCGCCAUGAGCCAGAUGCUGAAUGUCAACAUCCACCUGACAACGGGAGGGAGCCUGGAGAGCCCCACCGUCUCCACCAUGGUGCACUAUCUCGGGGAGGAGGAUGCUUCCAAGGCUGCCAUCUGGCUGAGCUGGCUGAGCAACGGUCACUACGACGUCCUUCUGGACAAGUGUCACCCAAACCCAGAGUACGAGGACUGGUGCAGGCACUCACAGAUGCAGAGAAAACGAGAUGAGGAACUGGCAAAGUCGAUGGCUGCCUCUUUAUCCAAAAUGUACAUUGAGCAAAAUGGAUCUGCGUGAAAGAAAUACUGAAUGUUGAGGAUGCACACUGACACAGUAGAAUGCAGAACAACUGGUUCUGCUUGGUUUCUACAUGCUUGAAAUGAUUUUUUAUAAGAUGUAUAUCAUGAGAGAAAGUGCAGUGCACAUACUUUGGUUUUUGUAUAUACAAGUGUUGCCAAAUUAGUGGCAGUGGUUUCUGAAAGUGUUUGAAAGUGUGUGAGCCUGUUUUUUGAUAGUUUGGGUUAUGUUGACAUGACUGAACUUCUUUAAUGUUGAUCAGUUAUUGUACUUGGAAGUGCUUUUGGGUAUUUAUUUGCCUUUUUAUUGGCAGACCUUUUAUUUUUCUAUCAUGUUCGUGCUUUGUAUAGGCUAUUGCCAAUUACAGAGCAACAUGGUUUGCAAUUUGUUACCAUAGCUACUGUUUAAUACCUGUAUAGCUACUCUCUUUUGCACAAAAGUCCUGUCAGACGACUCCAGAGAGUUUGAUUUGUGUCUGUGAGAACAAUGCAAUGGUUCUUCUUCUGUUAUUCCACUUAUUUUUAGGCUUUUGACAGAAUAUUUCAAAAUAAAGUUUUGAAGAAAACUGA